ACCUGCGCAUGCGUUCCACUUGCAGCGGGGGCUCGCGCGGCCUUUGGCCAGUUUGUGUACCGCUCUGAGUCGGUACUGUUGACCCGCGCCUGGUCUGCAGCGUUUCCCUGGUGGUGCUCCCUCCUGCUCGGCCUCGCGAUGCCGGUGGACAUCGGCCAGUGGUCCGGGCCCUUGAGCCUGCAGGAAGUGGAAGAGCGGCCGCAGCACCCGCUGCAGGUCAAGUACAGCGGGGUGGAAGUUGACGAGCUGGGCAAAGUGCUGACGCCCACCCAGGUUAAGAACCGGCCCACCAGUAUUGCAUGGGAUGGCCUUAAUGCAAGUAAACUCUAUACCUUGGUCUUGACAGACCCGGAUGCUCCGAGCCGGAAGGACCCCAAAUAUAGGGAAUGGCACCACUUCCUGGUGGUCAACAUGAAGGGCAACGACAUCGGCAGUGGUACAGUUCUCUCCGACUAUGUGGGCUCUGGGCCUCCUAAGGGCACAGGCCUCCACCGCUACGUCUGGCUGGUUUACGAGCAGGACGGGCCGCUGAAGUGUGACGAGCCCGUUCUCAGCAACCGGUCUGGAGACCACCGUGGCAAAUUCAAGGUGGCAUCUUUCCGCAAAAAGUACCACCUCGGGUCCCCAGUGGCCGGCACGUGCUACCAGGCGGAGUGGGACGACUAUGUGCCCAAGCUCUACGAGCAGCUGUCGGGGAAGUAGGGGAACGCCAGGAGACAGGUGUCACCCCGGGGGGCCCAAGCAGUGUUCUCAAGUUCAGCGAUGCAUGUAGAUUUCUCCUCUUCCCGGUUCCCAUUCUCACAGGCGAGACCUGAGCAGAUAGUGGUGUAGGGUGACGUUUCCUUCUGCCUUUCCUUUGUCAUGGUACCAGGUCACACAACCUGGUUUAUGUUUUGAUCAAAUUGGACUCCAGUUUGGGGGCUAUUUUGGUACUAGGAGGUGGUCAUCAGAUUGUUCACGUAAGAGCAAGCCGGAAUUUAAAGGGGAAAAAGUUUUGGUAAGAAGAACAGGUCUACAGUAAUAGGGCAGAGCACCACACAAUCUUUAAGGGAGGUUAAAAAAACAAACAAAUGAUUCCUUGUGCCCUUGCGAGCUCAAAUCCCGAAUUGUGCGUGGUGGCAUAUCCUGAGAUGUUUCCACGGCCCUGUCUCUCUCCAGGCAGCCAGGGGCUGGCGUGUCCACUAACCCCCAGUGUAUGCACACCUCAGGUUGGUUGGUAGGUGUCCGUGUUCUGCUCCAGCUCAUUUAAAGACCAGUACUGGAAAGGGCAACAGGGAGCGUCGCUUCCCUGUUGUGGCACAGCCGUCUGGAUGAGCGGCGGGGCUGCGGGAGGGGUUAUCACAAAUCCCCAAGUCUGUGUCUUAAACUGACCACUCUCCGUUUGUUGGUGUAACAAAAGCCGGUCUGGAGUUGCUGAAUGUUGUGUUAAUUCUUCUGUUUGCUUAUAGUUGAAUAAAAAUAAAACCCUGUGUGGACAAA